UCUUAUACCGUCUUAUUCAGCUAGAUGGCAUGCUAUUGAACGCAUAGACACUGCUUUACUGGGGCCGCAACCAUUCUCCGACAAAGGACUUUCGAUUUUCUUCGGGGGAUGGCAGAGACGCAUGUCCAUGUUUUCGGCGGUUCUCCUUUGAACCGUCUGUCUUGGCUGAGGCCAUCCACGGCGUUUCUCGGUGUUGUUCUUGCCAACCCUGACACUCGAUGGAUACUCUUCAGAGCUGGGGAACCACUCGUCCGGUCUCAAGCAGCAACUAAACGACACUGGCUUGCGCGACUAUCUACUACAGAAGUGAAGCCUCUUCUCGGUGUUUUCCCAGUUUUUGGACAAGGAAAGGAACCUGGUGAAGCUGCACAGCUACUCAAUGAGAAUAAUGAGCCGAUUCCAACGCUUGAGGCUGCUCGGGUACACGGUCCGCCCGUCGUCUUCCUUGGUUUGCACGAAACAGAAGAUCCGGACGGAAAGCCACGCUCAGCAUUACCUUCAUCGGAAUUUAGUGCAAAGACGGAUCCUCAGAUGGCUGCUGCCAAUAUUUCCGGCACUGCAUAUUUCGGGGUGGACGUGACUGAAGUCGAGAAAGAAGUCAUCAAUAGCGUGCUGGAGAACAACCGAGCAUCAGAGGCAGAGGACGGAAUUUCUCUCGAUUUUGUAGAGUCUAGGUCUGUUACGUCUGGCUUCGACGCGUUUGAUGCAGCUGUGUUUGCAGAAGCAAGGAGUAUGCUGGACUGGCACUCUCGUUACAAGUUCUGUCCCGGCUGUGGGUCACCUGUUUAUUCCCUAUGGGCUGGUUGGAAGCUAGGAUGCUCGUCUCUUCUUCCAUGGGCAGAUAACGCUGGAAAGGAUCCAUGCCCUUCAGGGAAAGGACUGCAUAAUUAUGCGCACCCUCGUACGGAUCCUGUCGUUAUCAUGGCCGUAACCGACGAGUCUGGAGAGCGUAUUCUUCUAGGCAGAAAUAGAAGGUUCCCAACUGGCUUCUACUCAACUCUUGCGGGCUUUGUUGAGCCGGGUGAGUCUUUUGAAGACACCGUGAAACGCGAGAUCUGGGAGGAAGUCGGUGUUCGCGUGCAUGGAGUAUCAUACCACUCCGGACAACCAUACCCAUAUCCAGCCAGCCUCAUGCUUGGUUUCUAUGCCGUCGCCGACGCAUCCCAGCCUAUUCGCGUCGACCUCGACAACGAGAUUGUCGAUGCCCGGUGGUUCACACGUGCAGAAGUCCAAGCCGUACUCGCACACGAACACGGUGCGAGUAUGUCAAAUAAAGUGUUUGAUGACGAUGCGGAUAAAGAUAAGAGCCUUGCGGUUUCUGGGCACGCUGCGACUGAGGCACCGCCGUUUAAAGUGCCGCAGGCUAGUGUUGUUGGUGGCGUGUUGAUUAGGGAUUGGGCGAGUGGCAAGUUCGGUGCUCGUGAGUGAACUCACAAGGGGCGGUGAGUUCAAUUGUAUCAGGGGGUUGCUUUCUUCGGAUUGUUUGAACUAAGGAUGAAGGUGGCGCAUAUGUAUUAUGUUUACACACUAGGACUGUGUCAAGCACGUCAGCUGUACAUUUUCACUCGCGCGGCAGAAGUUUUCCGUGCAGGAGUGCCAGGCC